GUGUUCGGCUGCAUCUUGCUCGGUUGUCCAGCCCCUGCUUCGCGGCCGCCCGCGGGCGCCAUGGCCUCAGCGGCGCGCUCGGCGGCGGGGAAGAAGGCGGCGGAGACGAGGAGGCAGAACAAGCUGCUGAGGGAGGCGGCCUCCGGGGGCCAGCAGCAGGGGGCCCUGCGCAGCCUCUUGGGGGGCGCCUCGGCAGCGCCAAGCGCAGCCCGAGGCUCCUCGGGGCGCCCCGAGGCCCCCCCUCCGGCGGCGCAGGUGGCCCACUCACUGGGGCCCCAGGCAGCGAACGCCGCCGAAGCGCGGCCGGAAGGCCGCCGCAAAGCGCCGGCGGCUCCGGCGACGGUGGCCCCCCCGCAGCAGGCGGCCGUGGAGACCGGCGCAAUGGUGGUCGCGGAGCGCGGUGGUCCGAGGUUCGCAUUCGAGGACUUCGGGGCCGCCCGCUCUGUGGGACACCGCGUGGGCCGCAAUGGUGUGCUCGGGGCCCACAGCGAGGCGGAUGAGUCGGCCAGCGAGAGCGAUGUCUUCGGAGCCGGCCAGGCCGGCACGCCUGGCAAGCGCGCGGCCGACGCCGACACGUGGUUGGCAGAGGGUUCUGCGGAUGAUGGCACGGAGGCCCGGGGACAGCACGCGCCCGCGCCGAAACGCUCCAAGCCGUGCGGCACCGGGGUCGACGACAUCAUGCGCUGGUCGGCCCAGAAGGCCCCCUGCGCGAACAGUGCGGCGAAGAGCCAGAAAGCGGAGGGGAAGGCCGCAGAGGAAGGAGCCGCGCUGGACAGGCGCGCCACCAAGCUGCUGGAGGAGCGCUUCCGGGAUUUCGGCAAGGCGGACGAGAUCAGGGGCCUCACCGACGAGGACGGGGCUCUCUUGUGGGACGCCGCGAAGGCCAUCCGAGGCGCCGCGGCGCGGGUGCAGGACCACCAGGUGCGUGAGUUGAGGAAGCGCUUCGCGCCGGCGGGCACGGCGGAACGCGACCUCCGCAUCCGCUUCCCCGAGGAUGCCUGGGGGGGCCCGGGGUCACUCGGGCUCGCAGGGGUUUCGUUCGGGAGCGUGGCCCCUUUUAUCCCAUAUGAGGUGACAGGGGGUACUCUUGGGGUGAGGCUCGGGGUAGUUGGGGGGCGGGGCCUCGCCAGAGGGCGCAUCCGCUCGUGCCUGUCGGCGCCUCGCGGCAGCCAGGACGAGGUGCCCAAGGAGUUGCUCGCGGCCAUCCGCCUGUCGAAGGACCCGUCCUGCGACAAACGUAGCAACGGCGAUUUCGUGGCGUACAUGUCCGAGUGCGAAGGGCUGAACCAAAAGGAACUUGUGGUAUGUCUCCGCGACGUCGCUGGGAACAACCCCCUCGUGCAGCCAGCCCGGCAAGAGUACAUCGCUGCCCUCAUGGAGUGCAUCGUCCGGCGCCGCCUGGACGAGCGUUUCCCUCGGGAGGUGGCGUUGCUCAAGACUGUGUGGGGCGAUUGUCUGCAGGAGAAGUCCCCGGAGAAGGUUCUGCCGGCGUGCGUGCGCCUCCUGAACUCCUCCCACCUCCGGCGCUCGCUGUUCCACGACGUGGCGAAGAAGGGCGCGGAGGGGUGGCUAAAGCAGUUGAUGAUGGGCGUCCUAUCGGGCAUCACGCCGCCCAUCGCGCAGAAGAAGAUGAACGCAGCCGACCAGAAAGUGAAGGCGGAGAUGGACCGCCUCCAGGUCCACGUCCUGCUGCGCGGGAAGAGGCCCGUUGUCGUCGUGCACCGCCGCGUGGACGUGAAGUGCACG